AUGCAGAAAGAGGAUGACGGGAGAGAAGGCGUAAUGAUUUCCGACAUGGAGAGGAAUAAAUAUCACACGGUCUACGGAGUGGUUGUUGACUGGCUAGAGUGGAGAAGAUGCAGAGGGAAGGAUUUCAUGAUGACAUUGGACGUGAUUGAUGAAAGCAUGAAAAAAUUAUCUGUGAAGAUAUUCAGUCCGAAGAAAACGUUUUCCAAAGGCUUCUGUGUUGGAGAUGUUGUGAGGAUAGGCAAUCUAAAGCUCUACGAUGAAUUUAGGGCAGUGACUGAUCGCAAAAACAACGUCGAGGUGGUUUUUACGCCGUAUGGAUGCCUAGACGAUACUAUCAGCGAAAGAGUCCGGCAACUUGUAGAGUUUUUCCAUCAGAACAGAAAGGGUUUUGUAAAGGAGAGAGAGGUGUCAGAGAUAGAGGAGGGAAAAUACUUCAAUUUCAGUGGCGAGCUGGUAGACAAGCAGAGGGAGAGAACCAACCUGGUUCUUUUGAAGUUUGUGGACUUUGGUAAGAAUAAACUUCAGGGCUUGGGAGGUGCAGAGGAGUAUCCGAAGGACAUGGUCUUGAUUGUGAAGACGUGGGGGCGUUUUGCGGAUGAGGCAGAGAAGUGCGAGAUUGGAGGGCGAUACAGGAUUAGGAACUUGAAAGCAGACGAGGUAGGCCACUGUAUAUAUGCAAGUUUGUCUGAGUCGAGCAAAGGAAGCAUUGCAGAAAUAGGAGAGGGCACGACUCUUUGGAAGCAUCUUGAGUCGAAAAAAAAGGGAUAUCUAUGGGGCUCUGCGUGUAAUCAGAUGGAGAUUAAAACGCCGGAAAGGAUAGCGAGGUACAGCCUGGUUAAUAUUAAGAGUAUCUGUGGGCCUGGAAUAUACAGAGUCAGGGCUUGGAUAAAAAGAUAUGGGCCACAGGAAGGAAUGGUGAUAUUCUUCUGUAGAGCCUGCGGACUGGAAGACGGGGGGAUAAACGGGAAGUGUACAUGCAGCUCCCCUGAGAUAGAAAGAGUUAAGGUUUUGAGGUUGCUGCUGUGGGAUGGAGAGGAGGAGAUAAUGGUUGUAUGUAGAAACAGACUUGCCGAGCAUAUACUUGAUGAGAAGAGUCGCAAACAGCUCGGGAACAGAAUGCUUGAUUGCAUUGUACUAAGUAUCAAAUGUAAUUUGGAAGUAGUUCAUCAUCUUAUUGACUCUGACUUUUUCCAAAAUUGA